AUGUUUGAAUCUGUUGAAGAGUAGUUGCUCGAAAGAGAAAUGAUGAAAAUUAUCAAGUAGUUUUAACUAAAUAUUGAUAUCGAAAAAAAUCAAGAAGUGAAAGUAUAAAAUGGCCAAAAGGAUAAGGAAAUAAACAUAAAAUCACAGAAUAAAGAAGUAGAAAAAGUAAAUAAGGCAGUUGGAGAUGAAGAAAUAGAUUGGGAAUAAAACUAUUUAGAUUUAAUGUAAGAAUGUGGUUAUUAAUUACCAGAUGAAGAAAUUAAUACCCAACUUGACAACGAAAAUGAAAAAAAAAUUAAUUUGAUGAUAUAAAAAAAUGAUGAAUGCCAUAAUAGGGAUUUUGCAUAAUAUAAAUUGUAGCCUAUAAAUAAUGAGAGUGAUGAUUAAGAAAGCGAAGAAGUCUAAAAAUCAAAAUAGAUGAUGAAUGACCUUCAUGAUGAAGAAGAAUAAAUUAUGACUCCAGAACAAUAAAAGGAGUAUUUUAAAUCAUUACGCAGUAAAUACUUAAAUGUAAAAUAAGUAGAUGAGUAAAAGUAAACAGAAAAAUCAGUUGAUACAACUGCUUAUGCAACAAAUGAAUCUGAUACCACUUAAAUAAGUAGCUAAAAUGUAGCUAAUAAUUAAAAAUAAUAGCCUUUAUUAGAGGAAAAAUAACUUGAAUAGACUUAAAAUGAUGAUUAAGGAUAAUUAAAAUAAAAUGAUAGCAGUUAAAUUUAAAAAUAAAAUGAAAAUAGUCAAAGCAUAGAUAAGCCUAGAAGUUUAUUGCCAUAAGAUCACGUUACUUUAACAAGAGAAAUGUAUGAUGAAUAGAAAAAGCAAUAAAAAGCUCUAAAAAAGGCAAUUCAAAAUGCUAAAGAUUUAGGUAUAGUUUACAAUGGAGUAAUUAACUUUGAAAAUUUCGAUGAGACUAGCAGUGAAGAAGGAGAAGAUUAAAAUAAGCUUUAAGAUUAAGAAUAAGAUGAAUAAUUAGAAGACAAUAAUGUCAUAGAAGAGUAGGAUGAAGAUGAAUAUGAUGAAAACAAUGACUAAACAACUUAAGAUGAACAAGUAAAUGUCUUGACUGAAAUAAAAAGAGAAUAUAUUUAGACUAAUAAAUGGAAUUGUAAAGAAUAUAAGAUAUUUUACUCAAACGAGGACAUAUACGAAGGUGAGAUAGAUGAUAAAACAUCUCUUAAAGAUGGUUGGGGUGUUUACUUAUAUGCGAACGGUGAAAAAUAUGAAGGGUUCUUCUAAGAUGAUAUUAUCCAUGGAUAUGGAAGAUAUUAAUUUUUAGGAGGACAUAAGUAUGAAGGCGAUUGGAGUUAAGGUAUGAAACAUGGUGUGGGAAUUCUUGAAUUUGCUUCAGGAGAUAAGUAUAUAGGAUUUUUUGAGCGUGAUAAUUUCCAUGGAUAAGGUGAAUACUUUUACAAGAAUGGAGAUAAGUUUGAAGGUACAUUCGUACAUGGAAAAAAAAAUGGCACCGGUAAAUUUUUAGGAGCUAAUGGAAGAAAAAUAAUAGGAGAAUGGAUUGAUGAUCAACUUUAACAUUUUUGA